GGCACAGCUGGAUCCAUCACUGUCUAACUGACCCCUCCCACAAGGAAACUCCUCCCCCACAUUCCACAAGAAAACGGCAUAAAAAGGCUCUGCCGGGGACCGCACCGCACUUCCCGAACAAGCUGUCUUCCCGAGUUCAUCCGAGACCAGCAAAGAUCCGCGCAACCAUGUCUCUCCCUACGACUCACGACCUUCACAUCUUCGGCUCCGUCAAUGGCGCGGAGUUCGACCUGGUGGGAGGCGGAAAGGGCAACCCGAACGAUGGAACGCUGGAGACCAGUGUGAAAUCCACCCGGGGCGCCCUGCCCUGCUCCCCGCUGUUGAUCGGACCCAACCUGGGGUACGGCUUCUACCAGUACCUGCCCUUCCCUGGCGGCGCCUCACCCUUCCAAACCGCCAUCACGGACGGAGGGUACCAGGUUCACCGUGUGUUCAAGUUUGAAGACGGCGGAGUGCUGAGUUGCAACUUCCGCUACACCUACGAGGGCGGCAAGAUCAAAGGGGAGUUCCAGCUGAUCGGGUCAGGUUUCCCUGCCGGCGGGCCUGUGAUGUCCGGCGGACUGACCACCCUGGACAGGAGCGUGGCCAAACUGCAGUGCUCGGACGACUGCACCAUCACCGGCACCAACAACUGGAGCUUCUGCACCACCGAUGGGAAGCGCCACCAGGCGGAUGUGCAGACGAACUACACCUUCGCCAAGCCGCUCCCGGCCGGUCUCAAGGAGAAGAUGCCGAUCUUCCUGGGGCACCAGAUCGAGGUCCAGGCGUCCAAGACCGAGAUCAACCUGAGCGAGAAAGUGAAGGCCUUCAUCGACACUGUGUGAAGUUCAAGAUCGCCGACUAUAAGCCUUCUGAUGGCGGCUACUGCAACAAUAGCGUAGUCAUUACUUCUUCAUGAUUAGUAGGUGUUUUUCCUAGCAUUUAAGGUACGGCAGACUUAGAAUCUCGUAUUGUUACUCAUAAUGUCCUCUUUUCAUUUUAUUCUCAAAUCAUCAAUCAAACAUUGUACGGCAGUAUCUCCCAUCCAGUUUAGAUUGAUCAAAACUUGUAUAAAACUUUAACAAUACCAUUUGCAUUGUCAACUUGAAACGGGUAUUUGUGGAAUCUUUGGUAAAAAAAUAAAGGUUUUGGGCUACCAUGAA